AUGGAAGGUCCGAGAAGCCCCGAGAAGCCCCGAGCGAUUUCCCGCAUCAACUGGCAUCAACUGGCAUCAACUGGCAUCAACUGGCAUCAACUGGCAUCAACUGGCAUCAACUGGCAUCAACUGGCGAUGACGGGCAUCCACUGGGGAUUACUCAGGGGUAUAAAGAGACCUUCGACCCUUCUCCUCCUCACCACCAUCAUCAACAUCAUCCUCAUCCUCAUCUCCGCAGAGAACCAGUCCACUACUCUCAACCCUACUCAACCCUACUCAACCAGCUCAAUCGCCUCAACCACCUCAACCACCUCAACCAAGCUUAAGACCAUGUCUCUCUUCAGAACCAUCCCGGCCGGCGGCGACUUCGCCCCUCUCUUCCGUCUGCUGGACGACUACGACAACCACCGUGCCAGCCAGCCCUCCUCCUCCACCUCCUCGUCGUCCUCUCCUUCCUGUGUCUCGAUGCGCUCCUUUACGCCGCGCUUUGACGUCCGCGAGACCUCCGAGGGCUACCACCUGGACGGCGAGCUGCCCGGCAUCGCCCAGAAGGACGUCGACAUCGAGUUCUCCGACCCGCAGACGCUGGUGAUCAAGGGCCGCACCGAGCGCGAGUACCACUCCUCCCCGGAUCCGGACCAGGACCAGGGCAAGUACAAGAGCCCCGAGGUCGAAGAUGAGGGCGAGGGCGAGGGCGAGCGCCAGGUCGAGAAGAAGCAGCCGGCCAGCAAACGGCGGGCCCAGCACCACUACUGGGUCAGCGAGCGCUCGGUGGGCGAGUUCCAGCGGGCCUUCAGCUUCCCCACGCGCGUCGACCAGGACAACGUGCGCGCCAGCCUCAAGAACGGCAUCCUCUCCAUCGUCGUCCCCAAGGCCGCCGCCCCCGUCGCCCGGAAGAUCACCGUCGAUCAUCCCUGUCCCUGGCGUCUAAUCUGUCCGGCGUCCACACCCUCCAAGGCCCCCGAAUCUGUUUCCGACUGCCCCGAUGGCCCAAUGUGGACUCACACAGCCCUGCAGCCGUCAGCCUCGUCCCCCUCCAUGGAUAUUUCCAACGUUCAUACGCCCUUUGAGGCCUCAUGGCACCGUCUACAACGGCCCUGUCGGUGGACAGGAGCCCACAUCAAGCUAACGAUCGGCAUCGCCCCCUUCAGCGCGACGGGCCAGGGGUUUGCGGACCAGACUUCCGAUUCAGAAGACCAAACUUAA